UGUUAUUUUUCUCUUCACAGUAAUUGCUCUUUGUAUUUCACAAUAAAAGUAAUUGUUAUUGGGCAAAACAUCCAAUUUUUACAUAUAUAGUUGCUAAACAACCAGCAAAGCAAUUUACGUGAAAAAUCUCUACCCUUCUAGCCAACUGAGGUAUGUUUGUAUAUUUUAGAGUAUGGGUCGCCCUAAACUAGAAAAAGUAAUGAAAUUAGAAAAAGUGACUGGCAAAGCUAAACGAACAGCAUUAGUUAAAAAAGCAACCAGAAAAGUUUCCCAGAACGAAAUCAUUACAAUGAAGCCAGAAGACUUGAUGGCAUGUAAAGUUCUUGGACUUGAAAGCAUGAAUGAAUUAGCUCGUAAAUAUAGGGGAAAGUUAAACUUAUCACUUAAAUUGGCGAAGAAACAUGCACGAUCAAUGGAUCCUGACUUAAAUACUAAACUAGUUAAAUGGGAGUCUCACUUAAAUGCGAUUUGCAUUCUGGACCCAGUUAUAGCUGUUGAGAAUUUUGUUGACGAUGAAGCGCCUCCAACAGAUUUUAACUAUGUACGUGAAAAUAUAACUAAUGGUGUUGCUAAUCAAUUAUUAGAUCCAAGUUUUCUAGUUGGCUGUGAAUGUUUCCCAAGGUGUGUCCCCAACAGAUGUGUAUGUCCAAAGAACAGUGGAGGCCACUUUGCUUAUGACAGAUGCAAAAGAAUAUUAUUACCUCCUGGGUCACCAGUAUACGAAUGCAAUAAAAGUUGUAAAUGCUCUAAAGAAUGUCCAAACCGUGUCAUACAGAAGGGUCUUACUACACGGGUAUGCAUAUUUCGCACUCCUGAUGGGCGUGGUUGGGGUUUAAAGACUAGGGAAUUUAUUCCGAAGGAUAAAUUUGUAGUUGAAUACGUUGGAGAAGUUAUUACAAGUGAUGAAGCUGAGCGAAGAGGAAAGCUGUAUGAUUCUCGUCAACAAACAUACCUGUUCGAUCUUGAUUUCUAUGAUAAGGAUGCAACCUUUACCGUUGAUGCAUAUAAAUAUGGGAACGUUUCACAUUUCAUAAACCAUUCGUGUGAUCCCAACUUGCGUGUAUAUAGCGUGUGGGUGGACACGUUGGACCCGCGGCUUCCUCGCAUUGGUUUAUUCGCUGUACGAGAUAUUCAAGCCGGAGAAGAAUUGUCAUUCGAUUACAUGAUGACAGGAAGUGACAACGACAGUCCGAUGUCACCGUCAAAACACGCGAAACACGCGAAACAAAUGAAGACGUUCGUAACGGAGCGAGUCUACUGUGCUUGUGGCGCAAAGAACUGUCGCAAGUAUUUAUUUUAACGUUUGUGUCUGCUUAUGUAACUCCAUGUAACUGUGUAUUUUACAUAUAGAGAUCGCCUGAUUAUUGUAUAUAUUAUUGCAUUUUAACAAUUACUUUUAACUAGAAACAA